GCCCGCGGCCAGGCCCCGGACGUGGGGCGGCUUCGGGGCCGAAGCGCCAGCGCGGAGUUCGCCCCGGGGUUCGAGGGCUCGAAGCCGCUGUCUUUAGACGACAGGCCCAUCAGGAGCCCCACGGCGCCGGUGGUGCUCGGGCUGGGCACGGGCUCCUACGGCACCACACGCAUGGGGAGCCCCACCACGGUCUUCAAGCCCCUGGACAGCGCCCCGCCCGUCAUGCGCCGGAGCGACGGCCUGGGGCGCUCGUGGACGCCGGCUUCCACCGCUGCUGCGCUGGUGGCACUGCGGGCUCCUUUGCCCUUGAGGCUGCUGACCAGGACCCAGCGGUGCAGCGUCUGCCUCGAGCACGUGGCUAACGCAGACUGCGUGGUGCUGGAGGAGUGCGGGCGGGACGCGCACGUCUCCUGC